AAAUCUAAAACUUUUUCUUAACUUGCAACAUUAAGAGUUUUUACAGAGGUAUAAAAUAGUCACUUAAAAAUAUUGAGACAAAAUGGCGGAAAUGAAGAUAGAGAAGUGCAGCUGAUGCACCGUACGCGUGUCAAUUGAGCAAAUGAAUAACAAUUCUGAUUCACCAUCGUUAUAUACUUCAUUGAGCCCGGAUGUGACCAUCGCUUUAGCGGGAUGUUUUAUUUCAAUUAGCAUUUUAGGGAUAACAUUUAAUGCAAUUUUGAUAUUAAUAAUUUUAGUAAACAAAAACUUACACACUGUUGUGAAUAUUUUUAUUGUAAAUCUUGCAAUUGCAGAUAUUAUCACUGCUGUCACAGUAGUUCCGUUUGAUGCUGAUUACAUGUUAAAAGGUUAUUUUCCGUAUGGAACUUUUUUGUGUGCCUUUAAAGAAACCAUGUUUUUACUAUCACUUCCUUCAUCGGUUGUUAAUUUAUUGUUAUUGACAUUUGAAAGAUUCACUUUUGCUGUUUUCCCCUUUAAAAAUGCUUGUUACUUUACUAAAAAAAACACAUUGAUAAUGAUAAUUGCUGGCUGGAUUUACACUGUCAUGGCAGCUUUGUUCCCAAUAUUUUACAAUGGUACUUCUUCUAUUAAAGUGACAAAUAAGUUGUGUUAUUUGUCGUUUCCUCGAACAUACGCUUUUUAUCAGAUUUUUGUCAAUUUUACAAUACCAGUUGUCAUAAUGGCAGCUUUAAAUACAAUUUUGUUUGCAAUUGUUCACAAGUAUAAAAAAAGUGUUCAAAAAAAUUUUGAAUUUAACAUUUCAAAUUCAAUAGAAAAUAGUGUUAACAACGGAAAACCGAUUUUAAUGCUAGUUGGAAUUUUUAUGUUUUGUUGGCUAACUUUCAUUGCAUUGGCUAGCUCUAAUUUAAUGUGUUCUGGUUGUCAUCCGAGAGUAUUGACUUGGUUUGGUAAUGUAAUAAAUUACACGAGCAUUGUACUAAACCCUUUGGUUUAUGGUCUUUUUAACAAAUCAAUACGUAAAGUUUUUAUGCAAAAAAUAAACAAGACGUAUACCCGUAUAAACAAAACUAACUCAAAAUGUUUCCAAGAAAACUCUGAAUCAAAAGCAGAUACUUUAUUAUGAUGCUUUUGACUUGUGGCAACAAGUUUUUAUCUUUUUAUUUUAAACAAUUUCCGGUUUUAAAAUUUAA